AUAAAAAUAAUAAUAAUAAGGGGAAAUAAUAAGAAAAAAAUUCUCGUGUUCUUCGACCGGUGGUGGUGGUGCGAACGCAAGGCGACCAAGGGGAGGCGAGAUGAGGGGGGCGAAGCGGCCGCUCAGCGUGGUGACGUCGUGGGUGCGGCGGCAGCCGCCCAAGGUGAAGGCUUUCUUGGCCGUUGUCACCGGCAUGGCCGCGCUCGUCGUCAUCCGCUUCAUCGUCCACGACCAUGACAACCUCUUCGUCGCUGCCGAGGCUGCGCACGCGCUCGGCAUAGGCGUCCUCAUCUACAAGCUCACAAAGGAGAAGACAUGUGCCGGACUAUCCCUCAAGUCUCAGGAUUUAACUGCGUUAUUUCUAGCUGUUAGACUGUACUGCAGCUUUGUCAUGGAGUAUGACAUCCAUACAAUUCUGGACAGUGCUACACUUGUAGCCACACUGUUUGUUAUUUAUAUGAUACGGUUCAAACUGAGGUCAACUUAUAUGGUGGACAAGGAUAACUUUGCAUUGUACUAUGUGGUGCUACCAUGUGCUGGACUGGCACUACUUGUUCAUCCUUCAACAUCUCAUAACAUUGUGAACCGGAUCUCCUGGGCGUUCUGUGUUUAUUUGGAAGCUGUUUCAGUGCUUCCACAAUUACGGUUGAUGCAAAAUACUAAGAUAGUUGAACCGUUUACAGCUCACUAUGUAUUUGCGUUGGGGGUUGCAAGGUUUCUUAGCUGCGCCCACUGGGUUCUACAGGUUUUGGAUACGCGUGGCCGUCUGCUGACAGCUCUCGGCUAUGGUCUGUGGCCGUCUAUGGUGCUGUUUUCAGAAAUCGUGCAGACAUUCAUCCUUGCAGAUUUCUGCUACUACUAUGUGAAGAGCCUGGUUGGUGGGCAGCUGGUGCUACGGCUUCCCUCAGGGGUGGUGUAAGAGAAGUGCAAGCUGCAGCAGAAUACAAAACUUUAGUGCUUCACCGGUUCAUAUGUACUUUUAGUAGUGCCCAACCUGGGAGCCUUUUUUAGUUGAUGUUACGAGUUAUGACUAUAUGUAUGGCAAAAUUGCUGCAAGGGUCCUCUUAAAAGAUAGGUUGAUAUUGAGACUGUUUAUAGCUGCGCUUUUCUGGAUACCCAAUCUUUGGGUACUUGGCUUCUGCCGUAUGACUGUCGUGGUCUUAGGAUCAGGUGGUUAAUGGUCUCUUUGGAUUAGACAAUUCUAGAAUGCUUUCAUAAAUUGAUAUUGAUCUAUGCAGAACUGGCCACGUGAAAAUCGUGGGACUAAGGUC